UUACGGCCUACGGGUAAUUAGACUUCAAUUGCGCGUGUGUGCUGUGUAGUUGUGUUUGAUCGCGUUCGCAAUUUUGCUCGUAUUACGUUUCCUGACGGUGAUUCGUAUAAACGCAAUGAAUUCAAUAAAUAGUUAAAUACUCGGUAACUUCGCGUAUAAAUACAACAAUCCGCCGCGUCGAUCAAAAUGGCCAAAUUCAAGUUGAAAAAUAUUAGUGCAUCUAUUUUAAUCUUAUGUUCGUGUAUUAUAAGUGAGGCCCUUACUUUAAGCAUUUACGAGGAAAAAUCACCCUACGAAUUCGACAGCUCUGUAUUCCAGAAUGAUAUAAAUCCGUAUUACGUCGAAGCCUCAAAUGCCAGAAUCCGUCGACAGGUUCCGUCGAAUCGUGACAACGUCUAUAUCAAAAUUAAUAAACUAAACGACAGUCAUCAGCAAUUGAUCGUGCAUUGGGUAGGCGAAGAAGCCAACGUUAAUACGAAUGUUAUCAUUUGCUUAGCCAGGAAUCCUAAAGAAAGUAUUCGCAAUGCAUCUUCGGCCGUAUUUUACUCUUACGAUUACGGAGAAACUUACGAAAACAAGACGGAAUUCUUCAAGAUCAACGACAAACUUUACGCUCAACUCGACAAAUAUUAUAUUCAUCCCAGAUUCCUGAGUCAUACGGUGUUUGUCGAUUCGAACAAUAAAAUGAUCUUCAUAACGGAGGAUCAUGGAAAAACCUUUCGCAGUGUGAAGCUGGACUUCACCCCUAAUGAUAUUUUAUUCAGUCCGACGUCGACUAGAUCGUUUUUAGCUCACGAUAAAACAAAUUCUUCGAAAAUAUUAUGGCUGACAGAAGAUACUGGAAGGAACUGGUCACCGUUCCAAAUGCGCAUCAAAGGAUACGAAUGGUUUCCAGGAAACAACUCGGAUGGUAAAAGUUUAGUAAUACAAAGAGAAGAACCUGAUGGAGCAUCCAUGUUAUUAAGAGUGGCAUCUCCUUAUGCGAUGAGUUUCGAAAAAUACACCUUGAAAGGAAUGUUAUCCGGUGUCAUAGAUUUCCACGCCAAAGCACCUUUCAUGUUUGCGACGAAAAAUGAUACCAGUUCCAAAAAUCUUGACUUAUACAUCAAAUACAAAAGUGCCCGAUUCGUCAAGGCUAGAUUUGACACUAAUCUCACUGCCAGAGAUUAUCACGUUGCUGAUAUCGCCGAGAACAGGGUUUUCGUUGUAGUUGGACAUAGUGAAACUCUGUCUCAUUUAUAUGUAUCUGAAUUUGUCAACGAAGAUCUUAAAGAAGUCAAAUUCACACUGUCGCUCGAACGGAUUUUCGCCUAUUUCCCAAAUACUACGUGGAAAGGCUCGCUGAUCAGCGGUAUGUCGGAAACAACAUUCAUAGAUUUACACAAAGUCGAAGGCAUGCGAGGAAUUUAUAUUGUCUCGCAAGUCGUACCAAGUGUCAACGCUUCGAAUCAAAUCAGCCCAGAGGAUCUAGUCUCUAGAAUUACUUUCGAUUGGGGUGUAAGCUGGCGACCGUUGAACUUGACCAAGCAACUAACCGGAGAUAAAUGUUUACUGGAAGCUGGUUGUUCAUUGCAUUUGACUCAGAAAUUCGCCUUUUGGUAUCCAACUACGAGGUAUACGCCUAUUCUAUCGUCUCAAUCUGCACCCGGUAUGAUUAUCGCAACCGGAACAGUGGGAAAAAGUAUGAAAGGCCAGGCCUCCGUGUAUAUGAGCAGAGAUGCCGGUGUCACCUGGAAACAAGUGUUGAGUGACAAUUAUUAUUUCAAUUUCGGUGAUCACGGAGCUAUCAUCGUUGCUGUGAAGUUCUUCAAGAUGAAAGAAGACGUCAAUAGCAUUUUAUACUCUACGGAUGAAGGAGAGAGCUGGCGUACUCAUAAAAUGAACUCGUCUCCGUUGAAAGUCUACAGUUUGAUGACCGAACCUGGAGAAAAUACGACGACUUUUUCCCUCUUUGGAUCUGCUUCCGAUUCCAAAUCACAUCAGUGGAUUAUUAUAAAAGCAGAUUUUCGUAACGCUUUCGCUUCUAAUUGCACCAAAGACGAUUAUAAAGAUUGGAAUCCAACGCACCCCGAAGAUAAAAAAAUGAACUGUUUGUUGGGCAAGAAAACGAUAUAUUCUAGACGUAUCCCGACGACGAAUUGUUACAACGGAAAAAAUUACCAUCGUGCUAUCAAGACAGAAAUUUGUCCUUGUGAUAGGUCCGAUUAUGAAUGCGACUUCGGAUUUGUCUGGAAUACCACCACAGAGAAUUGUGUGCGAAACAAGAGUUUGUCUUUCGAUCCUUACGCCGUUCCAAAAACUUGCCCUCCGUAUACAUUUUACAAUCGUACCAAAGGUUAUAAGAAGAUUCCAGGAGAUGAGUGCGAAGCAGGAGUGAGCUCUUUGUACGAACCACUCCCCGUAGCCUGUCCUGUGACCGAAAAGAAAGAUAUGAUUUUACUCGCCCAGAAAGAUAAAAUCAUGACUUUUUCAUUGAAAGAUCCAGCUAAUAAGUCGGAGCAACUUCCUAUUACCGGAUUGCAAAACGUUAUCGCCGUUGAAUACGACGUCAUCAACGACUGCGUCUUUUACGCCGACAUCGUUACCGAUGUAAUAGCGAAAUGGUGCUUGAAAAGUGGCCAACCGCCGCAGACUUUAGUCGAUACUCAGUUACAAUCGGUCGAAGGAAUGGCAUUCGAUUGGGUCUCGAAGCAUUUGUACUUCGUUGACGGCGUAAUGGCGAAAAUCGAAGUGAUCCGGACUGAUAUAUCGUCCGCAAGCAGAUUCAGGAAAACCAUCGUCAAUAACACUAUCGCCAAAAAACCUCGCGGAAUUGCUGUCCAUCCGAUACGUGGGUAUAUAUUUUGGACCGAUUGGGCUUCCGGAUCACCCAGCAUCAACCGUGCCAAUUUGGACGGAUCGGAAGUGCUCAAAUUGUUCGCUAAUCCCAUCGUAGAGUGGCCUAAUGGAAUUACUAUUGAUUUUAUCGGUGAAAGAAUUUACUGGGUUGAUGCCAAGGAUGAUUACAUCGGGUCGUCUGAUUACCGCGGUGGUCAUUUGAAGAAAGUUAUUCAGCAAAGCGAGAAAGUAGCCCAUCCAUUUUCGGUGGCUGUGUUCAAAGACGACAUGUAUUGGGAUGAUUGGAAACAAAACGCUAUUUUUGUCGCUGAUAAGGAUACCGGAGUCGGAAUUAAAAUGAUGGUCGAUCAAUUACCAGGUCUCAUGGAUUUAAAAAUUUUCGCCCACGGUGUGCAAGAAGGUAGUAAUAAAUGUGCCAAUAGCACCGUUUGUUCGCAUUUAUGUUUCGGGACACCGAAUAAUACCGGUGUAUCGUGCCAAUGUCCCGAUGGUUUGAUGCUAGUCAAUGGAACGAAAUGUGUAUGCCCUGGUGGCAUGGAACCUCAAAAUAAGGAAACUUGUUUACCUGUGGAUAAUACCUGCGGACCUAAUUUAUUCAAGUGCAAUAAUAGCAAAUGUAUUCCUUCGAUUUUGACUUGUGACGGAGACGAUGAUUGUGGCGAUAGAUCUGAUGAAUAUUGCGCCAAUGCUACGACUUGUGCCGCCAAUAUGUUCCAAUGCGUUAGUAAUGGUAAAUGUAUCCCUCUGUAUUGGAGAUGUGAUAACGAUUACGAUUGCGCUGAUAAAUCCGAUGAGAAUAAUUGCACCUACGGUACCUGCAAAGCGGAACAUUUCAAAUGCGGUAAUGGCAGAUGUAUCCCGAAAAAAUGGACGUGCGAUGGAGAAGACGAUUGUCACGAUGGAUCGGACGAAAGAAAUUGUACGAUGACUCCUCAGAGAUCUUGUUCUGCCGAUGAAUUCACAUGCCAUGGAAGCGAGCUCGCUUGUAUACCUUCGACGUGGAAAUGCGACAAUGAGAAAGACUGCGCUGAUGGCAGCGACGAAGCCAAUUGUACCGCCACUUGCGAUCCUUGGAAAUUCCAGUGUAAGAACAAGAAAUGUAUAUUGAAAGCUUGGCAAUGCGACGGUGAAAAUGACUGCGGUGAUUCUUCCGAUGAAAUCAACUGCUCUGUUUCUAAUAGCACAGAUACUCCUCUUAUACCGAAUCCAAAUACGACGAAUUCGUCGUGCCAGAAUUGGAUGUUCGAAUGUAACAAUAAACAAUGUAUUCCGUAUUGGUGGAAAUGCGACAAUGUUUUCGACUGCUCGGACGAAAGUGACGAAUUGGGAUGUCCUGCUACGUCUACGAAUAGUACUAAACCUAAACCGUCUCCUAGACCAACAACACCUCCUACCUGUGGCAGUCAACAGUUCAGAUGCAGUAAUGGCGAAUGUAUUUUGGAUGCUUGGCUUUGCGACGGUAUUAAAGAUUGCGAAGGUGGAGACGACGAGAAGAAUUGUAACCAUACCAUAACAGCGUGUAAACAGGACCAUUCCGAGUUCCGGUGUCGAGUAUCCGGCCUGUGUGUACCAUUACAAGCCGUAUGCGAUGGUAUUACUCAAUGUCCCGAUGGAACUGACGAAAUGUCUUGUAAUACCACCACCCCAGCUCCGCCUGCUCCGUGCAAUUAUGGUAAUUUCACCUGCGAUGCGGAUCUUUGUUUACCGUUGGCGAUGAAAUGCGACUCGUUGUACCAGUGUCACGAUAAAUCAGAUGAAGAGAAUUGUAACUUGGCCAAUAAAACGUAUCAGAUUAAUGACUUGACGGUGAUCGCAUCAUCACAGAAUUUCGUUCAAGUAGGUUGGGGAGUAUUACCUCGUAUCCACACAGACGGCCUGAAGUUCCAGCCAUCGAUCAAGAUCAACGGCACGUGGCAAAAUAAAACGUGGAUUAAUUACCAGGACUACAGAUUUGACAAUUUGCAACCUUACACGACAUAUACGGUCACCGUUUACGUACGAAAUGACGACAUGGCUCAGAAAGUAUACCCACCGGCGUAUUAUUACAAUGUUACCACAGAAGAAGGAAAACCUAGUCCACCCCUCAAUGUGGCUGUCACCGUACGAAAUACAUCUCUGAUAGAGGUCUCUUGGCAACCACCUGUAUCGCCUAAUGGUCAAUUGCAAGGCUACACCGUCUUCUUAACGCCUCCAUAUCCACCCUUUUCGCUCUCCGUUCACCACAGUCGAAGAAAUAUCUCAUUAUACUACGAAUUUGAAAACCAAAAGAAUUACACGGUUACAGUGGCGGCUACCAACGUACACUUCGAAUCUGAUACCUCGGCGCCGUCCAGGUUCUCCAUCAAGAGUAGCGAAUUUGACAACGGUGUUCGUAAUUUGAAAAUUGACAAGAAGACCGAAACCUCGGUUACGUUGUCGUGGGCCAAGAGCAAUAUCAGCGAUACGUAUUCAGUUAGACCGAGGAUUAUGCCUCCGUAUGCUACACCUCCUACAUAUACCGUAAAAGAAAUACCAUUUACUGUUACCAAUUUAUCUCCCGGAGUCGAGUAUUACUUCGAAGUAAGCAUCGUUAAGAGUGGCGUAUCAGGAACUCCGGCCAGAGUAGCUACUACAACUGAUGGUUUACCACUUCCCGCUGUGACCAAUGUUAAAGCGUCUUUGUCGAAGAAUGUGGUGAAACUUACCUGGGAUGCGCCUAAGGAUAAAAGGAAAAUGUCCUGGACCUAUGGUAUCUACUAUGGUGUUACAAUGACUGACGUUUUCUUAGAACCUCGGAAUACAACUACCGAAACUAGUUUCAACGUCUAUGGUCUGGCAUCCUGCACGUCUUAUACAUUCUCAGUCGGAGUCGUUUUACAAAAUAGUACCGGUCCUCUGUCGAGUAAAUUCGUCUCCAUACUUACUCCUCCGAAUCCGGAAGCGGCUCCGCAUAAUUUAAUGGUGCAAAGCGAUUCGACCUACGAAACAAAUCUCACCAUCACUUGGACGUCUUCUUGUCCGAAAAUGACUCAAGCUGUGGGUUACGUUGUGAAAAUUGUUAACGUGAAGAACAACGUCAUGACUCAAAUCACCAUUCCUGAAACUAAUCAGACGUCUUUGAAGGCUUCGUUUACGGGUCUCUACGGUGCCAAGUAUAAUUUCACGUUGUCAACCACAGACGAUACUCACAUAACUGCGUUUACUCAGUACCAGAUACCUCCUAUUCCGCCACCUCAUCAAGUGAUCGUUUGGCCAGAAAAUGACGCUUAUAGAGUUGUAUGGGAUUUCAAAAAUGGCCUGUCGUCGUUACCUCCCAAGAAAUACAAAUUCGAAGUUUUGAUCAGCCAAGGCGAUCAUAUUAAUUUAAGUGAUUCAAAAACCAAACAUUACAUGACAUCAAAACCGCCCUACUUUGUACGUGAUCUUAAAAUGGGACCUACUUAUACUUUCGCCGUGCGAAUACUUUCGGACGGAGGAGACUACUCCGAUUUGUCCGAAGAAUAUACCGUAACGAACAAUUUAAUCAACAACGAGCCAUUCGAACAAGAAAAGAAAGAAGAAAGCGGUAGCAGUUACACGUGGCUGUUCAUAUUGCUAUUGGUGGUUGUCGGAGGAGGUGUAGCGUUCGCGUAUUGGAAAAAUAAACGAUCUCAUAUUAAUUUCAAAAAUUUAGCCAAUAGUCAUUAUAACACGAGGUCUGGAUCGACAACGUUUACCGGUGUUAAUGGUUUAGAUUUAGAAGACUCUCCGGAUAUACGAGAACAUUUCUCGGACGAUGAACCAUUAGUUAUAGCGUAAAAUAAAUUCUAGUUAUUAAAUUUACGAUCAUUCUGUGAUAAUGUUUCUAUUUGUAUAAGAUUUCUUUCCGAUUUUGCUGUUACAAAAUUACAAAAUACGUAUCGCGCACGAGAUUCGAGUCUUUGUCUCUUUGAUAAUAUUUUCGAAUACCUACUUACCGUUUUUAUAAUAUAAUGUAAUAUUUAUUAUUACGGUUUUACAUAUUUUACUAUUUUUUUUUUUUUUUUUGCAUUUAUACGAACCAAGUUUUCAUUUUCUGGCUUACGAUCUGCCCGGAUUUUUUUUUAUUUUCAUUGAUUGAUUGACUUAUUUAUUUUAUUUUUUAUUUCUCGUACCUAUAUUAUAGAAAGUAUUCAUGUUAUACUUACUCGUAAUGUUUUUAUCUGUUUUUAUUUUUCCCUGAUCGUUGUUUUUUUUCUUUCCUUUUUUAAAAAUUCGUUCUUUUCUUGUGUAACUUGUGUGAUAUUUGUAAAUAGUGUUGAAUACGCGAGAGGUUUUCCUACCUAUUUAUUUUAUUAAUGUUUCAGCUUACCAUUGUUAUUGAAACUUUCAUAAGUAUCGAUUUAAGAAAUAUUAUUUUCUUGUCGGAUGUAUUAAAAUAUAAAAAAAUUUUCCUCA